AGAGGUUCAUUGCUGUUGACAUAUCUUUUCUUUUUUUCAGCUUCGACAUGCAAGGAAAUUUUUGACCGGAAUGUAUCGGAAAAAAGUGGUGAGGUUACCCUGCACUUAGACUACAAGCCAAUUUCUGUUUUCUGUUACAUGAGAGAUUUUGGAUGCGGAGAUGGAGGAUGGACGCCGAUCGUGAAGAUUAAUGGCAAUAAGUUUUGGAGCAACAGAAUUGCUUACAACCUUCCAGGAAGCAAGACUGGCUUUGACUCACAAGAGACGAAGCUACCGACCUACUGGAACACAUCCUUCUCCAAGAUCUGUCUCGGUAUGAAGAUCGAUAAUCAGCUCAGAUUUAUUGUCAUCAAUAAGCAAGCCAACUCACUUUACUCACUGAUCGCUGACGGUCAAUACCGGCACACCACACUGGGCCCUGGCACGUGGAAGACGCUGGUUGGUUCACAGGCCUCAUUGCAGCCUCGCUGCAAUAAGGAAGGAUUCAAUGCAGUGGGAGACAACACUUAUCAAUCCAAAGCAAGAAUCGGCAUCACCGCUAACCAGCAGAAUGACUGUUCCUCCUGUGAUUCCCGAAUUGGUUUUGGCACAGGAGGUCGACAUGAUGAUUCCAACACGUGUGGAAAUGAGGCAACGCGCUCGCCAGAUAAUGGAAACAAGCACAUCAAAGCCAUGGGGUACAUUCUGGUACAGUGAUAAGGGACACAAUUAACUUCCCAAACUUUAAGCCGAAAAGCCAUCAUGAAGUAGAAUUUCUUAUGUUUAAAUUGAACGUAUACU